AGAUUCUCAUACCGCCAAUCCCGAUCCUUCGCUUGUCUUUGGGCGCAACGUCUUCGCCUUGAUGGAAGAGAAGAAGUCUUGGCUCGGCUGUUUGGCUGACCAAGUGUUGACUCUUCCCAUGGUCAUUUCCUUAAUGGGCAUGUAUUACGUGUUUAUGAGUUUGAUUUUACCCGCCAUGUUCUUCAUGAUCGGCAUCGCCAUGGCCUUUGCCGUCACGGGAGCUUGCGAGGACUACAAGGAGCAAAAAGAAUUGUUGUCGAUCUUGGGGAAAAGCAAUCAGGGGACGAAGGUGAAAAGAAUUGUUCCCGUCGCUUCAUCUGCGGAUGCAGAGGUAGAAGUCAAAGACUUAGUGCCAGGUGAUGUUUUCGAGCUUCCUCACAACUACGAAGAGACCAACAGUGGACAACACUUCACAAUUCCCUGUGAUUGCGUUCUACUCAGUGGUAGUUGUUCGGUGAACGAGGCAAGCUUGACUGGAGAAGCUGU